UUCUUAAAAAAUGUUUUCUGUGGUAGUGUAGUGUGGAGUGAUAUUUUUAUUUUUAUUUGGGGUUAAAAUGUAAAAUGUAUAUUUGUUUAUAAUUUAAAAAAUAAUAAUAUAAAAGAAACCUGGACAUAUAACAUAUUAGCAAAGUCUGCAUAUAUUGUGAUAUAUAGACUUUCAUAUUAGGCUCAAAAAGUUACUUAGUUUGCCGAUAAGAUUUUACAGAAAUUCUCAAAUAGGUAUUUGGAAAUUAUGGAUCCGGAAGCAAAUAAAAAGGAAAUAUUUGUAUACUUAGAUUUUGAUGGAAAAUUACCAACCGAAUUCUUGAAGAGCAAAAUGUUUAUUCGUAUAGCUGACUUGCAAACAAAAAAUCCAUUAGUUCAAGUAAAUGAUAUGGUAUUUAAAGGCACUUAUGAACAUAGCAUAGGCACAAAUAUGUUUUUUACUAAAUCUCAAACAGAUAUAGCUGAUAAGCCUUUUCAACCUGUAAGUGGCUGCAGUCUGGAGCUACUUAAUCUACAAACUAAAGUUUUGAAUUGUAAACAAAUGCGUGUAUUAUCUGAAAAUAGAGAAAUGCCACAAAAAAACAACAAAAUUCAAUACAAUUUCAAUUGGGAUUAUAAAGAACUGUUAAAGAAAUUUGAAGAUGGAACACUGGAUUUAAAAGAUAUGAUAUCAAAAGAUGAAUAUUCAGAAGAUGAAAAGCAGGAAUCUGAAAUAGAAAAUGAAGAGAUUGAAGACACAGUUGUUGAUAAAUUAAACGAAGAACAUACAUCAGAAGAGUUAGCUAUAAAACCAGAUGAAAUAGAAACAAAUAGAUUACGUCAUGCAUAUGAAAAUUUAAUGAUGUUAGCAAGAAAACCUUUACAAAGAAAACAAAUUGUAGAAAAUGUGGAGUGCAUAGAAGGAUAUAGUAAAAGUUUUAAUUUUAAAAAUAUUGAAUGUAAGGUAUUGGAAAGACCAUUUUUCUCAUACUUUAAGAACAAGGACAAAAUUGACAUAGAUAGGUGUGUCCAGUUUGGUUUAUUGAAGCCUUCAGAUGACAUUCCAAGAAGUUUAACUGAGGAGGAAGAAAAACUAAUUUUGAAAAUCGAAAAUAUGGGAUUUCUAAAUUUGGAAGCAAGAUACUCCAUAUUUGUUUCGUAUGUGGAUCAGUUAGAAAAAGAAAUUAUGUUAAACACUGCUGAAAAAAAUGCAGCUAAAGAUAUUUAUGGAAAUACUCCAUUGGAAACUUUGAAUAUAUUUAAAAAAUUAGUUUGUUCUUUAGAAAAUAGAAUACAAGAAAUAAAAAGUGCAGCAUAGGAACUUAA